UGAAGCGAAAGGUAUAGCUUUUACUUUCGAAAGAGGAAGAACUGCGAGAGAACAUGUGACACUUUGUUCUUAAAUAAAAGCAACAAGGAAACGCAGUCAGACUGCGUUCAGCGCACUAGCAAAGAUGAGUCCGACUAAUCAAGGCCUGCUGUUGCUGCUCAUCUCCCUGUGUGCUGGGGCAGCAGCCAUGUUUGAAUCCACACUGGAUGCCCACUGGGAGCUGUGGAAGAAGACACAUGGGAGGAGCUACAAAAAUGAUGUGGAGGAUGCUCACCGCCGGGAGCUGUGGGAGAAUAACCUGAAGAUGAUUACUGUGCACAACCUGGAGGCCUCAAUGGGACUUCACACCUAUGAACUGGGCAUGAAUCACAUGGGAGACCUGACAGAAGAAGAGAUCCUGCAGUUUUCUGCCACUCUCAUUCCUCCCACUGACAUCCAGAGGGCGCCAUCUCCCUUUGCAGGGGCAUCAGGUUCUCCUGUACCAGACACCGUGGACUGGAGACAGAAGGGUUAUGUCACCAGUGUAAAGAUGCAGGGUGCUUGUGGAGCUUGCUGGGCCUUCAGUGUUGCAGGGGCCCUGGAAGGUCAGUUAGCCAAGACAACGGGAAAGCUGGUGGAUCUCAGUCCCCAAAACCUGGUGGAUUGUUCUGGCAAAUAUGGCAACCAUGGCUGCAACGGAGGCUACAUAAGCCGAGCUUUCCAAUAUGUCAUUGACAACCAAGGAAUCGACUCUGAUGCUUCUUACCCGUAUACAGGACGUGAUGAUCCCUGCCGCUACAACCCGGCAACUCGUGCAGCCAACUGCUCCAGUUACCAUUUUCUGCGGCACGGGGAUGAGGAUGCUCUAAAGCAGGCUGUUGCUACCAUUGGACCCAUUUCAGUGAUAAUUGAUGCUAGGCGGCCCAGAUUUAGUUUCUACAGGAGUGGAGUGUAUAAUGACCCAUCAUGCACGCAGAAUGUGAAUCACGCGGUGUUAGUUGUGGGCUACGGUACUCUGGAUGGACAAGACUACUGGCUCGUAAAGAACAGCUGGGGAACUUCCUUCGGAGAUCAGGGAUACAUCCGGAUGGCACGCAACCAGAACGAUCAGUGUGGCAUUGCUCUGUAUGCCUGCUACCCCGUCAUGUAACUGCAGAGGGAACUGAAGUGAAUCUCUUGCAAAAUGAAUAUAAAUGAAUAUAUCAUUUAUGACUUUUUUUUUUAUUACGUCUUCAAAAACUACAGCUUCAAACUAAUGCCUUCUCUUGAAAAAUUAUAUCAUGAGGAGAAAUCCUCAUCACUGAUUUUCUUUAGCUUGUGACAUUGUGGAAAUACUAAUGUUUGUAUCUCUAUGUGUGAGUGCUUGUAUAAGAAGAAAGGGUUUUUUUGUAUGUUUGUUUUUCUCCCUACUUUCCUAAAAAAAAGUCAUUGAAAGGAAAGAUUCAGCAGUUGCUUUAAAAGAUUUAUUUUUCAUAACUUAAAGAGAAAUAUCUAUACCCCAAUGUUUACUUUGGUUAGCAUUAACUACUAAAUCAGGGGGUAACUGGAAGUACUGACGUCUGUCCUACGCUACAAGGUUUUGAAGAAGUUGUGAUUGUACUGGAUGUUUGGCGCUGGAGUACUGUAUAAUACGAUUUAUAGAUUACAUUGACAAUACAACACAUACAGCUGCUUUGUUUUUGAUACUGAUAUUGUGUAAUCUGACUCAAUAUUAAAAUAAAACACAAAAUCUAUUGCUUUAAA